UUAAUUUCUUUUUUCUUUCUCACAGUGCGUUCAACAGCAGAGUGAAGCAAGAGCAGUUGGAAGAAUUAUUCAAGAGAGAAGGAAAUCACACUUUCUUCUUGCCUGUAGCGGCAGGACAAGGCCACAGUUUCAACAGACAUCAGAGUGUGGACAAAUGGGUUAUUCGAGGACACGUGAUACCAAGGAACGUGCUGUUCACCCGAUUGGCUACCCUCGAUAAGUACCAGAGUGAGGCAUAUGGAGAUGACAUUCAGGUCGAGCUUUCUAUCAUCAAUGAGUCCAAUGCUAUUGGGAAUUCAUACACGUUAUAUGCUCAGAGUAGCACCACCCACAGUGACUAUAGGCACAAGAAAGGAGUGGUGAUGGCAAAGAUACUGAAACCAAACAUCCCUGUCAAGAAUGGUGUUGUCCAUCUCAUCGAGAAUCCGCUCAUGAUCAUAGACACCACCGUCUGGCAGUUCCUCCAAAAUGAGAAGAAAGGCAGAUUGUCAGAAUUUAUGGAACUGGUGCACUUUGCCCCAGGCUUCAAAGAACUUCUUAACAGUUCCCAAGAAAAGUCUUUGUUUGCUCCAACUAACGAAGCAAUUCGCCAUCUUCCACCUGAAACUAUAGGCACCAUCAAGACUAACAUCACUGCCAUUACAAACUUACUGAAGCUUCAUCUGGUGAUGAAAAGUAUCUCCACGGAUGACGUGCUGUAUGGACGAUACAGAGAACAUGUAUCGGCUGACAAUAGAAACAGUCUGUAUUUUCGAGUUUUGGGAGAUGAGAAGAACAAAAGUCUGACAGUGGAUGGAGUGGGCGUCAAGGCCGCAGCAGUGCAGGCGGAUAUCGGGGCCAUCGACGGUAUGGUGCACAUAAUCGACAGACUUUUAGGAAUGCCCUAUCAAAACGUCUUCUUAAAACUGCAGUCGGAUCCAGAUCUCAGGAUUACUUAUGAGCUGAGUGAGCAAGACGGUUGGGGUCAAAUUCUGAGUGGCAACGACAAACGAUUUACAUUCUUUGCUCCAAGUGAUGAUGCAUGGAUGCAGCUUAAAAGAAAUAUGCCCACAGUAUACAAGCAACUUACCAUGAAAGCUUUUCCCUAUCAUACCAAAAAGAUUUUGGAUCGUCAUCUCGUGGUUAAUCGUGAGCUUCGUUUGUCUGACCUUGAAAGAAUAAACGAGAUACAGAUGGUCCACGGUCGUUUUAAGGUUAUCCACCUCGACCAUCCGGGCGGUAAGUUUCCCAAAAUUAUAUUUGCAUAA